GUCGAUCUUGACGGGACUCUUCGCUCCGACAUCGGGGACCGCUCUAAUAAAUGGUUACGAUGUCCGCACGGACAUGGACACCAUUAGGAAGCGUCUGGGAAUGUGCCCUCAGCACAACGUCUUGUUCAAUGAGUAAGUUGCAUUCAACAGGUGGAUCGAUGUUGUUCAAUCGCCUCUUCAAUCACCUCUCAAUAUCCCAGCGGGCAAAACUGGUUGUAAUGACGUCACUAUGUCAUGGUCAGGUUGUAUACUGGUUGUAUAAGGGACAGUUCGAAAUGUACUGGGGGUGGGGUCUGGUCCAACUCGAGGUGUCAUAAAAAAAAAUGCAUCCCCCUCCCCAACGUAAAAUGUAUUUUCACAUGACCCUCCCCUUGUACUGUAGUGUCAGUAUUACUCAUGAAACAUGAGUCACAGGCUGCCAUUGUUGGAUAUGUCCUCUCAUAACCGGGUUCUCUUCCAUUUUCCCCUCUGCUGAGUGAUCACCUGUGAUCUCCGAUGCCUCACGUCUCUUACAUCAUGAUUAUGACUGAGUACCGGCGAAUUAUGGCCAUUAAUAUUUAUCCCAACAGAACUGAAGUGUCUAUAUUUAAACUGGGGCUCUCAAUAUUCAUGCAAACGGGAGGUAGACACUAAAACGUACGCACAGAUAUGCCCGCCGGCAUGGCAGUCAAGAUGAUUCCAUAGAAGUUUGUGACAUGUUAUGAAUGGAGUCGGCUCGCUGGAGUGGAAUCAGUGGUGUCAGAGUUGUGUGGAUUGUAUUAACGUGACAGAUUGAGAGUUGAUGAUGGUGCUUAUUAGGCGCUAAUAAGUCAUCUAUGAAUCAUGAAGGACCAUAUAAAAUUGGGUAAUUAAGAUCUUGUUAGAGGAGUCCAAGUUCAUUUGAAGCCUAGUUCAGGAGAGACUAUCCCGUGUAACUUGAAGUACACUGAAAUAACAUACAUAGUCAAACUUUUUCAAUUAUUAUAGUCACUUGAGUCUGGAAAUGCAGAAAAUAUUGGAUCCACUUUUUGUACAUUGGACAAAAAAAUUGUAUUUUGUGUCGAUUCUGUGCCUAAUUCCACACACUUGUAUUUGGUAUUCAUUCUGCUGUUGAUAAAUCAAAUAAUUGUUUCUUAAUUGUAUUUCUGAUUCUUAGCCUUACAGUGGAGGAGCACAUAUACUUCUACGCCAGAUUAAAGGGACGAAGCCGUGAUGAAGUGGAAACGGAGAUGGACCAGAUGAUCAAGGAUGUCGGGCUGCCGCACAAACGCAAGGAACUUGCCAAGAACCUGUCAGGUGGGUGUGUGUGUGCGCGUGCAAAUAUUUGUGUUCUUGGGAUCUAUAUGUAUCGUGGGAUUACAAUCAUGCACAAAUGUAGCUUUUAUUCAAUUUUCAAUAAGUAGCUCUCUCCCCCAGCCACCACUUGUCAAACCGCGUGUAUGUACGUGCCUGUGUGUGCGCGGGCGUGUGUGUGACUGUGGAAAUGCACCUCUGAAUGUGUGUUCAGGUGUAUAAUCCAUUGUCUGGGGAGCAACAAAUAUCCUUGAUAAAUUGGUUCCAGUCAUGGGUUGCAUGUGAACAAAAUCACUGAAAUAUGACUUUCAAGGUACAUCUAGUCAGAUACUUCCACAACACAGGACACAUUCACAACAGCUCCCAGAGUGUCCUGUCUUGUGUGUCAUCGUCUUAUGCAGCUUUCUGUCAUAUAUACAUUUGACGCUGCACAAAAGACAAUAAAACAUGCUCACAGACUCUCUGACACAUGCACACAUACAUGCACACACACAUGCACAGUCUUACAUCAAAACAUAUGGAUUCCUCAUAACCAUGUACAGACCAUUGCAUUGCACAAUAUCUCAUAUCUACUGCUGAGAUGUCUAUGAUAAAAUAAGGUUUCUUCACCAUUUGUGUAUCGGCUUGUUAUAAGGGCUCUGUACAUGUCAAUACAUGGAAGGUGUGAUAUUCACACUGGCAAUAACACUAUAGCUAUCAAUAGUAGAAAUGUUAUACUUAUCUGUUUCAUGUGCUUGUUGUUCUAUCUGUAACAAAAUGUCAAACGGACCAUUAGCCAGGGGCGGUGUGUUCAUUAGGGCGAUAUGGGCGACGCACUGCCAAACGGGAAAAGGAAGGGAUUUUUUUUCUAAUCAAUUAUAUCACGGCAACAGUAGUUAUCAGUGUUCUAAUCUAGACGUCUGAUCUGCCACUAAAUGUCCAAUCAGGCUAAAGUCGUGCUUCAAAUGGCCCCGCCCCUUUUGGGGCGAUUUCAGUCAGGUUGAAAAUCGUCCCAGAAGUCUCUCAUAGACUCUCAUGUAAAAUCUUUUUUUUUUCAAAUAUCAGAGCUUCAAUACAAUCUCUAUGGGUUCCGGGAGGGCUUGCACUUACGCGCUUUCAUCAUACGUAACAUAAGUAACCAUGAACAUAACUAAGAAAAGAGCGGGUAGCAGCUUCAAUCAAUUCACGUACUACUGUCAAGAUGGCUAGCUUUCCGAGGCAAAGAUGAAACUGAGGGCUCCACCAACCCUGGUAUUUUUCUUGGACUUGUCAACUUUGUGGCACAAUUAGAUGAGGUGUUUGAUGACCAUCUUAAAAAUGCUAAAGUUUUCAAGGGCACAUCAAAGACCAUUCAAAACGAGCUACUGGAGUGUAUGCUAGCGGUCAUGAGGGAACAUAUUGUGGAGGAGGUGAAGUCGGCGAACUUCGUAGCUAUCCAAGCUGACGAGACCACGGACGUUUCUACACAGACACAGCUGGUGCUUGUGCUGAGGUACAUAGAUAGCAACCACAAAGUGCAGGAGCGCUUUUUUGAGUUCCUUCCCAUCUCGGAAUCAACCUCAGUCUCAAUCGCCAGUGUGCUUUUGGAGAGACUGAACGGUCUUUUUGCCGACGACGAGAAAGUCAAACUCAUUGCGCAAGCUUACGAUGGAGCCAGUGUGAUGAGGGGAGAGAAGGCUGGUGUGCAGCAAAAGGUGCGUGAGCAUUUAAAGAAUGCCCAUUACGUGCAUUGCUAUGCGCAUCAGCUGAAUUUGAUCAUGCAGCAAGCUACUUCUCGCAUCAAAAAAGUAACUAGUAAACUAGUCCUCAGCAUGCCUGAUUUCAAAGAGAAAGUCAUUGACUGCUUUGCUGCAUUGAAAGAGAGAAGAGAACAGUUUCAGUACAAGUAAUGUAGCCUCUCUCUCUCUUUGUCCCUCCCUGUCUGUCUCUUUAACACACACACGCCCAAAUCAGUUCACAGUUGAUGUUGUUUAAAAUAGUUAUUUUUCAUUUAAAAAAAAGUAAAAAAUAAAUAAAAUCUGUUCAUGUUCAUUUUUACAAAUCUAUACAAAUGGCCAGAAUAUGGUUGUUCAUAUUUACAAAUCUAUACAAUUGGCCAGAAUAUGGUUGUUCAUUUUUACAAAGCCAUACAGAUAGCUGUGUUUACCUUUUCUAGAAAUUAUUUUCAAAUUCUGUUUUCAGGCAAAAUGUCUAUCACUGUUCAUUUUCACAAAUCUAUACAAGAGGGCAGAAUAUGGAAGUCUAUAAAAAUGUCUUAUUACCAAUAACUUGCAUCAAUGUUUUCAGUAGCCUCUAUCAAAAGCUCCUGCUUGCUUGUUGUGAAUUAUGCUCAGGUGCACAUAUUUCCAAUUCAACCAUGAGGCCUUUUUGAAGCAAGUAAUGUGUAUAUCAGUAUUGACUUAUAUGCUGCCCCUGUCUUCAUGUUGUUGCUGGACAUAUCUUUUUUUAAAUGUGUGUAGGUCACCUAAAUCAUCAGAAAAAUUGCCCCCCCUGAGAAUUUUUUCAGGAGCCGCCACUGCCAUUAGCUACAUACCUAGCCAUUCUAUGACACAGUAUUUUCCUAUCCUUAUUGAGAAAGAACCCUGGUGGUUUUGAUUUCAACCAAAAACGUAACCUUUAUGAAAGGAAAAAACGGAUAAACUGUAAAUGUUUUCAUGACCAACACUCAAACACAGUAAAGGAAGAAAUUGAUCAGAAUGAACAGUGAUAUAUGCUUUUUAAAUGUCAAAAUCGAUCAGGCCUUUGGUAAAUUCUAGUUUUAAUUUCAGUCUGUGGGUUCUCGUUCCUUCCCUGUAUUGAUCAAUAAGGUCAUUGAUUAGCUAGGAAGUCUACACACCUGGUUUUCAGGUCUAAAUCAGACUCUCAUUUAAAGGAAUGGAAAGAACCUGCAGAGGUCGAUUUGGAAUUGGGCCUGUAUGUUCUCUGAAGGGCACAUGAAGUCCUACCUUAUAGGUACCUAUUACCCUAUACCUAUCAAAUGCUUUAAGAUCCACACAGGUGCUAGGGUGUAGGGGUCAGGGGUCGAUUUGGAAUAGGGGAUGUGUUUCCUUUGAAGGGAGCAGGAAGUGUGUCCUUUGAAGGGGGAAGAAAAUGUAUCCUUUGAAGGGGGCAGAAAGUGUGUCCUUUGAAGGGGGCAGAAAGUGACCAUACGUAAACUGUAUCCUCAGGGGGAAUGCAGAGGAAACUGUCGGUGGCCAUCGCAUUCGUGGGAGGAUCCAACAUCAUCAUCCUGGAUGAACCCACAGCAGGGGUGGACCCGUACGCCCGGAGGGGGAUAUGGGAACUACUGUUGAAGUACAAA